AGCCAGACACAAACACAGCGAGAAUAAGCAUAAUAAUAAUGGCAUUGUGUUGUUCAAGGUUUUAAUGUGAUUUAAAAAUAUGACAACCGCAACAGCAACAACAACAACGAGCUUUAUCAACAACAAGCUGUGCGGCACCAGCUACAAAUUAUGAGCAUUAAAAUGAUAAAUAGACACACGAAAGCAUCAGCCACAGCAGCCCGAACAAACAAGUGCAAGUCGGAAGCAACAUAGGAGAAACAUGAUUUUAUGAUCCCAAAAGCAACAACAACAACAACAGCAAGAGAAAUAGCAACAGCAGCAAAAACACUUUGCAAAAAUGGCAGAUCAAGAUGCAAGCAGCGCCCCGAAGGGCGAUCGCCAUACUUUGGCUAAGACAGCCUCCUCGCCCACUGCCCUGAAUCUGGUAACCAAGCGCAACCCGCCCACAGCGCUGGCGCCGCUACGGCUCAGCCAGCUGUCGGACAGCGGCGCGGAGAGCUGCGGGGAUGGUGACGAGCAGACGCGACUCAUACGCGGCCCAUCCGUGCGAGCACCCAAGUACAUCAUUAUACCAGCCACGCCCGGGACGCCGGUCAGCUCCACUGCGGGGGCGCCGCACUUGCCAUUCCGGCAGACCAACUCCACGACAUCGCUGGUGGCCAUGUCGGCGGCCAUGCACAAGCAGCCGCUACGCCAACCCUCGGUGAAGUCGCGGCCCAGCUCGGAUGUGAUUCAGCCGGCACAGCUGCAGCAGCAAAUACAACUGCAGCAGCAGCAGCCAACGGCAUCCACUUCUACGGUUACCUUUACCAUAGAUGACUAUGACACGGCAGCAGCUCCCACCGCCGCACCACCCAUACCAGUGGUGCAGUAUACGCCCGCAACACUAACCAGCACCACCACCACCACAAUGGCUGGCCUGGAUGGACUGGCCGUCUCAGCUCAGCCGCUCAGCUACGAUGUGCGCUCGCGCUUGGGCAGCCAUCACAGCAGCAUGAGGUCUGUAGUAUCAGCUUACCUGCCCGGCCUGAGCGACAGCAGCUGCAAUCUCGCCAGCAGCUCGGCCGCAACAGGCGGACUGCAGCCACCCAAUCCGCUCUACAUGCAGCCGCAGUCCUCGCUCAGCGGCAGUUCCUAUCACUUCCACGAGCUAGCCGGCAAUCAGAUCUACUCGGAUGUCACAUCGGUCCGCUCGCUGGCCUCCAUUGGCAUUGGCUCCACAGAUGGACGCAAGCUAGUUAUACGUCGUGUGCCAACCACAGCGAAUGAGCUCUUCGAUAUGGUCAAUCCACAGACGCCGCCGCCGCUCGGCAUCGAUGACGAUGACAGCUUCAUGGAUAUGUCGGACGAGGCGGCCAUCUUGAAGCCGCGCCAACAGCACUGGGCCAACAAGAUGCAGUUCGUCCUGGCCUGCAUUGGCUACUCGGUGGGUCUGGGCAAUGUCUGGCGAUUUCCGUACAUGUGCUACAAAAGUGGAGGCGGUGUGUUUCUAGUACCUUAUUGCAUAAUACUCUUCAUAUGCAGCAUACCGCUGCUGUUUAUGGAGCUAUCUGUGGGCCAAUACACGGGCCGAGGUCCCAUCGGUGCGCUGGGUCAGCUCUGUCCCCUAUUUAAGGGUGCCGGUCUGGCCAGCGUAGUUGUCUCGUUUCUCAUGUCCACCUACUAUAGCGUCAUAAUAGGUUAUUCAAUUUAUUACUUUUUCACAUCGUUCAAAACGGAAAUGCCGUGGGUUGAUUGCAACAACAGAUGGAACACACCCGACUGUUGGGUGCCACAGCGCAAGGAGCUGAACACCACUGCGCCGGACACUUCUCGCACGCCCUCCGAGGAGUUCUUUGAAAAUAAAGUGCUGCAGAUUAGCGCCGGGCUGGAGUAUCCGGGCAUGAUGCGCUGGGAGCUGUUCGCCUGCCUCGUGUGUGCCUGGCUGAUGGUCUACUUUGCCACGUGGAAGUCAAUCAAAUCGUCGGCCAAGGUGCGCUAUUUCACGGCCACGUUUCCCUUCGUGCUCAUCAUUAUUCUCAUGUUCCGGGCGAUCACGCUCGAGGGCGCGGCCGAGGGCCUGCGCUUCUUCUUCCGGCCCAACUGGUCGGAGCUGAAGAAUGCGAACGUGUGGAUCAAUGCUGCCUCACAGAACUUUAACUCGCUGGGCAUUACGUUCGGAUCGAUGAUCUCGUUCGCCAGCUACAACAAGUACAACAAYAACAUACUGCGAGACACGAUUUCGGUGAGCCUGGUCAAUAUGGGGACCAGCUUAUUGGUGGGCAUAUUUGCCUUCUCCACGCUGGGCAACCUCGCGCUGGAACAGAACACGAAUGUGCGCGAUGUGAUUGGCGAUGGACCGGGCAUGAUAUUCGUGGUCUAUCCACAGGCAAUGGCCAAGAUGCCAUAUGCCCAGCUGUGGGCAGUUAUGUUCUUCUUCAUGCUGCUGUGUCUGGGCCUCAAUUCACAGUUUGCCAUAGUCGAAGUGGUGGUCACAUCCAUACAGGAUGGCUUCCCGCGCUGGAUUAAACGGCAUCUGGGCUACCACGAGAUUGUGGUGCUCUUUGUCUGCGUCAUCGCGUGCCUCUUCGGAUUGCCGAACAUCAUACAGGGCGGCAUCUACUACUUCCAGCUAAUGGAUCACUAUGCUGCCUCCGUGACGAUUAUGUUUCUGGCCUUCUGCCAGAUGAUUGCCAUAGCCUGGUUCUACGGCACCGGGCGACUCUCGAAGAAUGUUAAACAGAUGACGGGAAAGGCGCCGUCGUUCUAUUUAAAGUCCUGUUGGCUGGUGCUGGGACCCUGUUUGCUAUUUGCCAUUUGGAUACUGAGCUUGAUCAACUACAAGGAGCCGACGUAUCACAAUGGACGCUACACCUAUCCAGACUGGGCCUACGGCAUUGGCUGGAUGUUUGCCUCCCUAUCCUUGGUCUGCAUACCAGGCUAUGCUAUCAUCAACUUUAUGCGCAGUAGCGGCGACAGCUUCUGGGAGCGCAUUAAAAUUACACUGCGUCCCAAUAUUUACGAGUGCAAGAUCUGUGGUGAACACCACUGCGAACACGACUAUCCGGAGCAAGAACAGUACAUGCUGGCGCAGGAGCUGGGCAACGUUUACAAGCCAACUAUAAAGCCGAGCCAGAAGACAGCCUACAAUGCCAUGCAUGCAUCCAAUGCAGAACCACACGGCGUUCACACUGAGUACACGUACCAGUCCAAUGAGGAGCAAGCGACGCAGCCGGCGACAGAUGAGCACAGUGUGAAGUAGACCUUGGGCUUGGCGAAAAGGUCCUGUUUCCUGUUCAAUUGUUAACAAUUUCUCUGAGUAUUUUUAAUACAUAAUUUGUUUUAAUUUGCAAGCAAUAAAUACAAUAAUAUUUAAUUAAAAUAA